UCCAAAUGACAGCGCUGAGUUAGCAUUCAUGCUAGAGAGCAUCAUAGUAACAGAGCCARCCAAGGACGUUGAUUUAUAUGAAAACCUGACAUAAUUCUUGCGUCGUUGUUGAUUUAUGUUAAACUGUGAGUCGUGAACAUGUCUGCGCCUAAAAAGGGAGACUUGUCUYCAAGUGAAAAGGAGUUGUUUGCGGUCAUUACUGCAGGAAAUGUUCAAGAAGCCUCCAGACUGCUGGGCUGUAAGGAUGUUCGAGUUAACUGUCUGGAUGAGUACGGGAUGACUCCCCUCAUGCACGCUGCCUACAAAGGAAAAGCAGACAUGUGCAAGCUGCUGCUGCAACACGGAGCUGAUGUAAACUGUAACGAGCACGAGCACGGCUACACGGCGCUCAUGUUYGCUGGCCUGUCAGGAAAGACGGACAUCACGUGGAUGAUGCUGGAUGCCGGGGCAGAAACGGAUGUGACCAACUCAGUAGGACGGACCGCUGCGCAGAUGGCGGCUUUUGUUGGACAACACGACUGUGUCACAGUAAUCAACAACUACUUUUCCCGUGCCAGACUGGAUUACUACACUAAGCCUCAGGGUUUGGAGAAGGACCCCAAGCUGCCAACAAAACUGGCCGGACCCCUUCAUAAGAUCAUCAUGAGCACCAACUUGAAUCCUGUUAAGUUAGUGAUGCUGGUGAAAGAAAACCCGUUGCUCGCAGAAGUGGAGGCUCUGGACAAAUGUCGACGGGUGAUGGAGCUGAUCUGUGAGAAAUGCAUCAAGCAGCAGGACAUGAACGAGGUCUUGGCCAUGAAGAUGCACUACAUCAGCUGCGUGCUGGGAAAAUGUUCCUCCUUCCUCAAAGACCGUGAGGAUAAGCUGGAAGGCCUCAUAAAGAGUUUGCUGAAAGGUCGGGACGGCGAUGGUUUUCCUGUGUUUCAGGAGAAGUUCAUCAGAGAGUGCAUCCGCAAGUUCCCGUACUGCGAGGCCACUCUGCUGCAGCAGCUGGUGCGCAGCAUCGCUCCUGUGGAGAUUGGGAACGAGCCCACGGCUCUGUCUGUGCUGACCCAGGCCAUCACGGGUCAGGUCGGCUUCAUGGACGUAGAGUUCUGCACAACCUGCGGGGAAAAGAGAGCUGAGAAAAGAUGCUCCAUCUGCAAAAUGGUUAUCUACUGUGGCCAGACUUGUCAGAAAAUGCACUGGUUCACUCAUAAAAAGGUUUGCAAGCAGCUCCAAGAGCAACGAGAAAAACAGGAAGCAGAAGCGGCCAACCUGAGGGCGCAGCAGAGCGAAGAGGAGACUACAGCGGAGCAGGAGGCCACAGACUCCAUGCAGCAGCUGUCAGUGGAAACCAKCGGCAAACCCUCCUCUUUGGACUCUGCUGCAGAAACACCAGACUCCGUCACAGCUGCUGAGAAGUGAGGAYCAUCCAGCACCUAACCCUGGGUCCAGGACACAAAGACUGAAACCCAGACAGAGUCCGGUCCAACACGAGAGAGGAAACUAUAUUUAUUAUAGCCUGGAUCUGUCAGCAGAACAUUACACCCGUCAUCUUGUCUGUUCUGAUGGAAUAUUCUGAAUGUGCGCACCACAGAGGCUGAUGUGUUGGUGUGGUCGAGUCUGUGGAAACACACAAAGAGCUAAAGGUUCACAGCACUGUUAAACCUGCCUUAAACUGUAGCAAACAAGUGUUGAGUCAGACGAGUUAGUUUGCUGUUUGAGUGUUUUUGGGACAUUUGUUGAACCAAUAACCUCUGUGUGUGUACUUAAAGCUGACCAAAAAUGUAAUCUGGUUAUUUUUACGUGAGUUUAAGUUGGAGUUUUGUGUACUGAAAUGUUUAUGCUCAGGAUUUUUUCAAAUUAGAAGUAAAUGAAAGUCUUUUUUUUUCCUAAAAUUGAACAUUUUUGUCCAGCAUUGUUGUAAACAACACAGUAAUAUAUUGUCAAUUACAAAUAAAAGAAUCAAUCAACCUAGAUUAUUAGAUUUACAAUGUAAAAAAAUAAAAUAAGUUUUAUCCUCCA